AUGUGCCCCGGUGCAGACCACGAGCCCAAUGGGCAGGCCAACGUCGCCAAUGGCAAUGGCAACAACGGUGAACACCCCGGCUUCACUGCCGUUGAGACUCGCCAGAACCCCCACCCUUCCGUCUCUCGGAACCCCUACGGCCACAACGUCGGUGUCACCGACUUCCUGAGCAACGUCUCUCGCUUCCAGAUCAUCGAGAGUACCCUGCGUGAGGGUGAGCAGUUCGCCAACGCUUUCUUCGACACUGAGAAGAAGAUUGAAAUCGCCAAGGCCCUCGAUGAGUUCGGUGUUGACUACAUUGAGCUUACCAGCCCCUGCGCUUCCGAGCAGUCGAGAAAGGACUGUGAGGCCAUCUGCAAGCUUGGCCUGAAGGCUAAGAUCCUUACUCACAUCCGUUGCCACAUGGACGAUGCUCGCAUUGCAGUCGAGACCGGUGUCGAUGGAGUCGAUGUUGUGAUUGGAACCUCCUCUUACCUCCGUGAGCACUCCCACGGCAAGGACAUGACCUACAUCAAGAAUACCGCCAUUGAAGUCAUCGAAUUCGUCAAGUCCAAGGGCAUUGAGAUCCGUUUCUCCAGUGAGGACUCUUUCCGCUCCGACCUCGUCGAUCUCCUGUCCAUCUACUCGGCCGUCGACAAGGUCGGUGUUAACCGUGUUGGUAUCGCCGAUACCGUCGGCUGCGCUUCUCCCCGUCAGGUCUACGAGCUUGUCCGUGUCCUGAGGGGUGUUGUUAGCUGUGACAUCGAAACCCACUUCCACAACGACACUGGUUGCGCUAUUGCCAACGCUUACUGUGCCCUGGAGGCUGGUGCCACCCACAUUGACACCUCCGUCCUCGGUAUCGGUGAGCGUAACGGUAUCACUCCCCUCGGUGGUCUCAUGGCCCGCAUGAUGGUUGCCGACCCCGAGUACGUCAAGAGCAAGUACAGAUUGGAGAAGCUCAAGGAUAUCGAGGACCUCGUUGCCGAGGCCGUUGAGGUCAACAUCCCCUUCAACAACUACAUCACCGGUUUCUGCGCUUUCACCCACAAGGCCGGUAUCCACGCCAAGGCCAUCCUCAACAACCCCAGCACCUACGAGAUCAUCAACCCUGCCGACUUCGGCAUGUCUCGUUAUGUCCACUUCGCUUCUCGUCUGACCGGCUGGAACGCCAUCAAGUCGCGUGCCCAGCAGCUCAAGAUCGAGAUGACCGAUGACCAGUACAAGGAGUGCACGGCCAAGAUCAAGGCUCUGGCCGAUAUCCGCCCCAUUGCUGUCGAUGAUGCCGACAGUAUCAUCCGUGCCUACUACCGCAACCUCAAGCUGGGCGAGAACAAGCCCCUCCUGGACCUCACGGCCGACGAGCAGGCUCAGUUCGCUGCCAAGGAGAAGGAGCUCGCUGCUCAGGCUUCUGCCUAA